AUGAUCCUAUUCAAGUUUUUCCUAUAUUUAUAUUUGACAGUAGGGGUCAUCUAUUGUGUUGAUGACUAUACAAACAAUAAUAAUCAUACAAAAGACACUACUAAUUCUGAUCAGGAUGAUUCUAUACAAGAUGAUUACAAUGCAUACUACAAUUUCCUAAAUUACGCCGGCAGCGAUACUAUUGUCAGAGAAAAACUCCAUUACCUCAAUUUCACAAAUGACUACUACGAAAGUGAUGAUGAUGAUGAUGAUGAUGGCUAUGAGGAUGAUGAUGAUGAUGACGACGACGACGAUGAUGAUGACAAUGAUACUGAUAGAUAUUUUAUAGCUGCUUACAAGAAUAGCACAGCCAAUUACACUACCUAUACUCCAGGAAGCAAUGGGACUAGGACUGUGGACAAUACAAAAACACACAGCAUUGCCUAUUUACACAACGUGACAUGUUGUGGAAAAACACAAAGAUUAGAUGUCAUCGAAGGAUUCACAUACACUUUAACAUCUUCGAUUGGACAUAGAGGAUUAACAAAAACGAUCGUACAACUUGAAAAUCAACAAAUCACUGUACCCAUCUUUUACAAUUAUCAUGUGACUAAAACCAUUCCUUGGGGAGGUGCUAUCAGAACCAUUCUCAUCAUUGGUGGUGAGACCGUGACACUUCCAGUGAAGAAUACAGAAUACUCUAUUCUUGAUAAAAUUGCGCCAGGAGAACCAUGGAAACCUCCUCCAUUUGCACGACCGAAACAUGAUCACAAACAUGAUAAUUAUCAUCAUGAUGAGUCUCAUGGCGAUGAUUCUCAUCAUAAUAAUGAUGAUGAUGGUGGUCAUGAUGAUCGUUAUCGUCAUCGCAAUGGUCUCAGCAAUACUGAUAUCGAUGAUGAUGAUGAUUAUGAUGAUUAUGAUAGGGACGAUGACGACGACGACGACGACGAUGAUGAUGAUGAUGAUAAAGAAGAAGAAAAAGAAAAAGAAGAAGAAUAUUACAUGCCAGUAAAUGACGCUAGAAAUGCACACGUUUUUGCUGCGAACAAUGAUGGAAUACAGGAUGAUAUUCUUCGCAAUCUCAAGUAUGAUGAAAAUGGUGAGAUGAUUAUCCCUGAAUUUGCAGCAACACGUCAAGUCUAUGUGAUUGGUCAAAGCACGACGACAUUGAUGGGUGAAAAACCAACCGAUUUUCCAAUAGAAGAAAACAACAUCACACAGACGGUGGUUGCGCUCCGUGAUCAGUUGAUUACCUUACCACUUUCUGGAGCAGAAUCGAUGACAAGCACAUUAGACUUGGGGGGUAUCACAGAUACAGUAGUGGCUCAAGAUGGCAAGACCAUUACAUUUUUAGCUGGUGGUACUCAUAUUGUCCCGUCUCAGUUCAUGCGUACCAUCACUGCCACAGAAACAAUAGCUGAUACUCGAUCUCCUCGACGACCAACACCAGCUGCCCACAUCAUCACACAGCAACGAACUGCUAGUUCUUUAUCGGAUACUAUCGUCCCUUGGAAUGCCACAAGUACAUUAUAUCGCAAUCCUUUCAAAUUCAACUCAUCUCGGCGUAUACCUGGACGUUCAUCAUUCCUUAUACGAUCAUCACGUCUAGCAAGCUUAUUCCGUGCACGAUCUGCACGAUCAGCGCAAUUAGCACAAAAGAUGAUGACUCGAUCAUCACGAGUACAUGCUUCAUCAGCAUCACAAAUUCUUUUAUCUACACCCUCACAAAGUUGCCAUAGGCCGAUGGAAGUGGAAAGUAAAAAUAAAACCGAGGGAUGCUACGCAUUUGCUGGUUUGGUAGUGAAGUCCAGUGCCACAAAAGAAAUAGACUUACAAGGUCAUUGGUCACCAGCGACAUGUUAUAGCUACUGUGUAGAAAAUGAUAAGAUCCCAACAAAUGCCAAUUGGUACUAUGGCAUUGCCGUGGAACAAGGCCGUGAUGAUAGUUUAAAUGAUAUUCUUUCUAGCACUUGUAUGUGCAUUGAAAGCACAGGAUUACCUAUAUCAUCAUCAUCAGCACAAUGUCCUAUUAUUGGUAGCAACAGCCGUACGAUGACUUCUAUAACAGAAAAUCUAGAUUAUGAUCCUGAUGAUCCGGAUGACUCUCCAGCAGGCUCUGGAAAUAAUAAUAACAAUAAUAAUAAUAAUAUCAAGGUAGGUGUGAUGGAUCGAACAAAUCUAUUCAAUGCCACUGUGUUUGCCCAUCAAGUGUCCUAUCGUUGUCCUACUUGUGCUGUGCCUACCGUUCUAUCUGAUAUCAGAGCCACAGAGGGCUGUUACAAGUUAUCAGAUUAUACAAGUCUGGCUGUGACAAAGACAUCUCGUCAUAUAUACAAAGGUGUCUAUACUCCAGAAGAAUGUGCAUCGAUUUGUACCGAAUCUGAAAAGAUUCCUCCCAAUACUCCAUUUUGGUAUGGUAUUUCCAUGAGUGAUCCUGAAAAUGUUGGUCAUGGACGUGGUACAACUACUUGUCGAUGUUCUGUUAAGCCGCCUUUUAAUAUGAAUGCUGGUCGCUGUGUUAAUAACGUAGGAUUAUCAGAUAGUAGACUUUCAUAUAGAUAUGGAAAUGGUGUUUAUGUCUAUAAGGCUGAAUAUCAAUGUCAAAAAACAAUUUCAUAA